AUAUAGGAGAGAUAGCGUAUUUGUUCAUCUCGCUGAUAACACUGUAGGUGUGUCAUGUGUUACCAAUCACAGGACAAACUGUCGCUGUAAUUCACAUGUGGGCUUGCAGUCACUACGAAGAACGUCUUUAGAUUUAUUUCGAGUGCACGCGAAAGUCUGAGGGAAUAUUCCCAGGCCAAAGAAGAAAUAGAAGUUUACAGCAAAAGGACCUUCAAUCUCCUUUUUGUGCAGUGUGCCAAAAGUCAAGAUGGAUGACAAAGAGGCGCCCAAGAUGUCCUUCAUGUCCCGCCUUUCGUAUGGCGUGGGUCAUGUGCUGAAUGACUUGACAGCCUCAAUGUGGUUCAGCUACCUACUAAUCUACCUCCACCAAGUGAAGAACUUCAACAAUAAGCUGGCAGGAGACCUGAUGCUGAUAGGUCAGGUCAGCGAUGCCAUGGCGACGCCAUUCAUAGGCUAUGAAUCUGAUAGAACAAAUGGGAUCUGCAAAAUGGGGAAGAGGAAAUCCUGGCACUUCAUUGGUACGCUGUGUGUGAUUGCCAGUUUCCCCUUCCUGUUCAUCGGCUGUAUCACCUGUGACCACGCACCGGACUGGGCCCAGUUUGUUUAUUUCAUUCCCUUUGUGGUCAUCUUCCAGUUCGGAUGGGCGUCGACACAGAUCUCUCAUCUAUCUCUCAUUCCUGAUCUAACACCCAAUGAACACGAAAGAGUGGGUCUUAAUGGCCUACGGUAUGGCUUCACCGUCUUGUCCAACCUGACUGUGUUCGGCAUCGCGUGGCUGCUCCUGGCUCUCGGCUCGGAUUCAGACACAACCAAUCUAUCCGCAGAGGAUGCACCCAAAUUUAGGAAUCUGGUGUUUAUUGUGAUUGGUAUUGGAGUGGUGUUCAGCUUUAUUUUCCACAUUGGGACCAAGGAAAACCGUGUGAACACAGUAGGCUUGGACCCGGAAUUCUCACAAGGCCGAGAUGCCCUUGAUUCUGGCAGCUCCAAAUACGCCGGAUCCCUACAGAGGUCGUCAAAAUCUAACAAGAUGAAGACCACAGACUGGUUGAAAGAACCACAGUUUUUUCAGGUUGGGGUGUUAUACAUGUGUACCAGACUGUAUGUGAACCUGUCACAGGUCUAUCUGCCUAUGUAUCUAGUGGAGACACUGCAUCUCAACAAGACCAACAUUGCCAUUGUGCCUCUGAUCGUGUAUGUGUGUGGGUUCUUCACCUCACUCGUCAUGAAGCCAGUCAACAAGCUGUUCGGGAGGAAGGUGACUUACAUCAUCGGGGUCGUGUUUGCUGUGGGGUCAUGUGUGUGGAUCCACUUCAUCACCAGCACCAGCACCAUGCAGGUGUUUGGAGCCGCUGUCCUCAUGGGAAUUGGAGGCACAACUAUGCUGAUUACCUCCCUUGCAAUGACCGCUGACCUCAUUGGAGACAACACUGAGAGUGGAGCGUUCGUGUACGGUGCUAUGAGUUUUACUGACAAGUUGUCCAAUGGGGUUGCCGUGGAGAUUAUACAGCUGUUGCAUCCUUGUGUUUUCCAUGCACCAUGUAUGCUAAAAUUAGACUGCUGCCCACUGUGUGUACCUUUCUACCGCCUGGUCCAGUCCAUCGUGCCAGGCGGCUUCGCCAUACUAGGAUUUGUGACUUUAUUGACGCUCCUACCCCAAACACUUGGCUCUCGGUGGAGAGAUAAAGUGGACAUAACGGUAUCCUCAGGUUUGCAAAAUGGAACAAUUCCUGCUUCUUAUGAUGAUGACGAUGAAAAGUCCCCCCUUCUCAGGAAGAGCAUCAAUCCACCGUCAGGAGUUACAGGGAGACCUACGUCCAACUCACCCCACACAACUGCCGCACUUCACACGUCCAUGAACUCGCCGCCGGUAGACGUGGAUCCCAUUUGGUAGAUUUCUUUCUUCUAGCUCAGACACUGCUGUGACAACAUAUGUCUCAGGUGUAGGCUUACAUGACUACAGUCAGUGGUAGGCUUCAAACAACAUCACAUUACCUUGUUCAUCCUUGCCCACGUGGUAUCUAGUUAUUUUGAUGUUCCACAACAUCCCAUCACUGUAUGUAAGGGGAACAACUCUUUGUGAUUCAAGUGAACCUGUGACUUCCUGAAGGGGAAACAACUCUUGUUUCCCAUACAAGUAAACCUGUGGCUUCCUGUUGGGGGAACAACUCUUGUUAAACAUACAAGUGAACCUGUGACUUCCUGAAGGGGAAACAACUCUUGUUUCCCAUACAAGUAAACCUGUGACUUCCUGUUGGGGGAACAACUCUUGUUUUACAUACAAGUGAACCUAUGACUUCUUGUAGGGGGAAAAACUCUUGUUUUACUUACAACUGAACCUGUGACUUUCUAUAGGGGUGAACAUCUCUUGUUUUACAUACAAGUGAACCUAUGACUUCUUGUAGGGGGAAAAACUCUUGUUUUACAUACAACUGAACCUGUGACUUUCUAUAGGGGUGAACAUCUCUUGUUUUACAUACAAGUGAACCUGUGACUUCCUGUAGGGGAAACAACUCUUGUUUUACAUACAAGUGAACCUGUGACUUCUUGUAGGGGAAACAACUCUUGUUUAACAUACAAGUGAACCUGUGACUUCCUGUAAGGGGAACAACUCUUGUUUUACAUACAAGUGAACCUAUGGCUUCCUGUAGGGGAAACAACUCAGGCUACUUAUAUCAUAAAUGUGAAAUGCAUUUCAUUAUUAUGUGAAACAUUUGAAGCAACUUUUACAUGUACAUAUUGAAGGAGUUUGAUGUGAGUUAGCCACGUUGGUCUGCUGUACUUCUGAUAGUGCCAAUAGUCUCCUGCAUGUAUAGCUGGUCUGAACAAUGCAAUUAUAUACUGGUGAUAAGUGGAACACAAACUACAAACAGGGGUUGACACGUCAACACAACUUGGUACUUAAACUAUUUGUGUGUGAAUUAUGAAUAUGAAUUGACUUUGAUGUUUAUAAAACGUUAAUUGUUAUGCUUACUGUUUAACAGAGCUUGCGGUGCAUUUUGCUCAUGUCAGGAAGUGUUGUUCAAAAGAUUUAUCCCUUUUGUCAAGUUUUCCUAAAAUAAGAAUCGAGACUCAAGUAAUGUACAAGAACAUAUAUGCAUGUAUUGAUUUCAAUGUAUGCCCCUAUAUGCUUCAUUUGUUAAGUAUGAUUAUAACCAAGGGCCUGUCUUGGACUAGAUUGACGGCCUCAAAAAUGGUGAACAUAUCAACAAUUUACUGGCGAGUCUUCCAGGGUUUAGCUCAUCAGACUGAAACCAAAGUGAGUUUAUGUUGUGGCUUGUUGUCACUUUUCAGUCCGUCCGGUUCUUCAUUUGGUUAACCGUGGUUAAUUUUUUAAUUUUGACCACUCCUCUGAAACUACAAGGCCUUAGUGGGCUGAUUCUCAUGUAAUUGAUCCAAGCUAUGGUGUCUCCAAAACCUGCACACAUAAUUCUAAUCAGAUUUUAAAUAUCAGAUUCUAAUGUAAUUUCGGGCCAUAACUCGGAAUAACUCUGGUUUUCGGAAUAACAUAAGAUAUCUUUUGGGGCAUUUUUCUAUUUAUUAUCCAGCUAUGAUCCAGCUGCAACCCUACGCUUCUGCCUCUGGCUUCUGUUACUGCAUCUCACUAUUAAUCUGACAUCGCUUUUUUUCAAAUUGUAAAUGACAUUUGGCCCAGGUGUGGUUAGUUGUGGGGCCAACAUGUUUGUUCCAUUAUUGGCAAUGUUAUGAACUUUGACCUUGAUUAUAAACUUUGCAGCACAGUGAAAUUUCUGUCAUGGGCAACAAACAUCAAAUAGGUGCAAAACUGGAAAACCAUCCCUUCAGACCGAACUGCACACUUGCCUACUACCAUGUUUUAUGAAACCAGCUUCAUACAUUGUCAGUUACCUCUUGGCUGGUCAAGACCGUCUCCGUUUUAUGCAUCCGUUUACUACAUCUAUGUACCCCAAUAAAGGUCCAGGUUAGAAUUGCCGAUAACAGGAGAGGCGGCUAACAGGAUCGGGUGAUCAGACUUGCUGACAUGGUUGAUGCAGGUCAUCAUAUCCAAGUCACUUGGUUGUGUCUGGUCUGGACUCGAAUAUUUACAGGCUGCCGUAGACCUGGAAUAUUGCUUAUUAUGGCAUUAAACAGGUUUGCUUGUAACACAUUUGCCUGCAGAAUCUUACAGUUACCCCCUGUGUUUGACUGUUAUUAAGAUAUAUCGCAUUUAUUAGUGCUGUAACAAUUCACUGAUACCUACGAUAUCAUUGAUACUUAGGUUCACACGAUACUUGAAUCCUCAGUUUGUGAUGUCAUGAUAUGCUAUGAAUAGAACAGGAACUAAUAGAGUUACCACCCAUAAUGGCAGAAGUAGCAUAGCACCACCUUUAAACAUGGCAGAUCACAAGGACAAGGUAGCUGAGGACACGCCCACUAACUGUUACAUUUAAUAACAAUCCCUUCAUUUAAAUCUGUUUUGUUCUUGUGGUUUUCUUUGUUAAAGUUUUUGAGAUAACAAUAAUUGAAUGUAUGAAGAAAGAGGUUUUAGAGCUGUAUUUCAGUGAUUUCAUCAUUCUUAUAUUUGAUGUGGUGUAUUGUGAUACCAGUAGUAUCAUCAGUCUGUAUCGUGAUACGAAUCGUAUUGAAGAUACCAGGCAAUACUCAGUUCUAGCAUUCAUACAUCAUGGUGAUCAUAGAGCCCCGUGUUCAUAGAACUGCACAUUUGAUUAGGUUCCCAUGUAUAUUCAUUCCUUUUGUUAUCCCCCGCCCAACGAAGUUGGCGGGGGAUAUAGAAAUGGGCUCCGUCCGUCCGUCCGUCACAUUUCGUUUCCGGAGCAAUAUUCUGAAACCGUUCAAUAUUUUUUCAUGAAACUUUGC